GAGAGCCCAGUGUCGGUGCCGAUUGCAGGGCUAGUUUUAAGUCAUUGAAAGCUUGUUCAGCUUCUGAUGUUCAGGUCUGUUUGUCAUGUGAGGAGAGGCAUUUGCCGUGCAUUAGAGCUCCGAGGGGAGCUUCCAUAGGAGUAUAAUUGCAAAGGCAAGACCUGCAAUAGGAGCACAUACCUAGAAAUGACAUAAGGUGCUUUUUAGUCAGAGGCUUAGGUAGGUCAAUGAUGGCAGAAACGCAGUCUCUGGAAAGCGUUUUCCCUUCACCAGAAAUGUCAUGUCCCAAAAAGGUAACAUGCUCUCUAUCUAAAAGAUAAGACUGUAAUAGAUUGGUGAGAAAAAACAUUUAAUGUUAGUUAUAUCUUUUGGCAAUGCCAUUUUCAUUGUGAUUCAUGGUUAUUUUUCUCUCCCCACCAGGAUUCCUCUGCUUGCCAGUAUGAAAUUGGUGAAUUAUAUAGUGACCGUGGCCACUGGCGAUCUCGCCUUUGCCGGCACUUUUCACAAUGUCUAUAUUAAGCUGGUGGGCACAGAUGGAGAGAGCGAACGCACCUGGCUCGAGAGCCUCAAAGGGGCUUUAUCCUUCAUGAGUGGAGCAGUGUCAAGUUUUACCGUGUCCUGCUCCGUCUCCAUUGGAAAGCUGGUCCUGAUUGAGAUAGAUAAACAGCCUCUCCCACUCUUCCAUGAAGACACUUGGUUCCCUGCCAAGGUGGAAGUGAGAUCCCCUGAGGGUGACACCUACAACUUUCCCAUCUACCGCUGGAUCACUGACGGUGAGGUGCACCGCUUCAGAGAGGGAACAGCUCUGAGAGUCUUUGAAGACGACCAUGAUCUUGGCAAGUACAGUCGGGAUCAGGAGCUGAAGCAGCGAGAGGAAGUCUAUCGUUGGGAUGUGUAUGUAGAGGGAAUACCCCACUGCAUAGAGUCAGAGGACCCUCUUGAUCUGCCUGAUGAGGUCCAGUUCUCCUACAUCAAGUCAAGAGAGUUUUGCUUCACUGCAGUCACUGGUCUGGCUGAGCUGCAACUGAAGGGACUUUCUGACUGCACGAAGAACUGGCCUAAUAUUGAUGCUAUCCAUCGGGUGUUCUGCUGCAAACGGACUGACAUAUCAGAAUAUGUCCAGAAACAUUGGAAGGACGACACUUUCUUUGGCUACCAGUUUCUAAAUGGUGUCAACCCCAUGUUGAUCCAACGUUGUUCAGUCCUGCCCAACAACUUUCCUGUCAGUGAUGACAUGGUCUCCUUCGGUGGUCAGUGUAGCUUGGCAGGUGAAAUGGAGAAAGGAAACAUAUUCCUGUGUGACUACAAGCGUUUGGAUGGGCUGAAAACAAGUAUCAUCAACGGGAAGAAGCAGUACUUGAUGGCUCCCCUCGUCCUGCUUCACAAAACACCUGAUGAUGACCUGGUGCCAAUUGCUAUUCAGCUGAAGCAGACUCCAGCAGAUGAUAAUCCCAUCUUCUUUCCUACUGACUCUGAGUACGACUGGUUGACGGCCAAGAUUUUUGUGAAAAGUGCAGAUUUCAAUGAGUAUGAACUCAACGUUCACCUGCUGCGCACUCAUUUGCUGGCUGAAGUUUUUGCAGUGUCACUGCUGCGCAACGUGCCCAUGGUGCAUCCGCUGUACAAGCUCCUUGUACCUCACACUCGCUACACUCUACAGAUCAACAACUUAGCUCGAGGUCUACUAAUAUCUGGGACUGGAAUUUUCACUCAGUUUGCAGCUUCUGGUGGAGAGGGUGUGAACACACUCCUGAAGAGAUCACUGUCCUCAGUGACUUACCGCUCCCUCUGCAUACCAGACGACAUUGUUGAGCGUGGGCUGGAGGAUGUACCGAACUUCUACUACAGGGAUGAUGGACUCAAGCUUUGGGAUAUCAUCCACAGGUAUGUGAAUGGAGUGCUGAGCUUCUACUACAAGAAUGACACUGAGGUCCAGAAAGACUCUGAACUGCAAAAGUGGAUUUCGGACAUUUUUGAACAUGGAUUCCUUUCUCAAGCUGGCACAGGAAUUCCAGAGAUCUUCACCACCGUGGCUGAGUUGGUCAAGUUUGUCACCAUGGUGAUCUUCACCUGCUCAGGACAGCACUCGGCUGUGAAUGCUGGACAGUAUGACUACGCUGGCUGGAUGCCCAACACUCCCCUCACCCUACAACGUCCUCCACCAACCACAAAGGGGACAACAAGUGAGGCCACAAUUCUGCAGACAUUCCCUGCUGUCAACGCAACGGUUCAGAUAGCGGCCACCGUGUGGCUACUCAGCAGGCAGUCCACUGACUCUGUCCCUCUUGGCCAGUACCCAGAGGAGCAUUUUAGUGAGAAGAUUCCCUGCAAGUUGAUAAAGCAUUUUCAAGGAGAGCUUCAAGUGUUAAGUGCAAUCAUCAACACCAGAAACAAUAUUCUGGAGGUCCCAUACACAUACCUGGAUCCAAAGGUGGUAGAAAAUAGUGUGUCCAUUUAAAUAUCUGAAGGUGUGACCUCCACAGAUGUUGGCCAAAUUCAGCUUGCUAUUAACAAAAGUGAGAAAGGGAAGAACUGCCUGUUCUGUUUUUUUAGUGGAAAGAAACACUGCAUGUGAUCGUUGUGGGAUUGAUUUAACUGAAGUAAAAAUGUACCAUUUUAAAUCAUAAGCCACACCUUACAUUUUCUUAGUUCGUCAAUAAAUAUACAGUAGAGAUAAUCAAAAUACAGUUGCAAAGGUGUCAAUUUGCUUUACUUUUGCUUUCUAAACACAAGAAUGAUUUUAUCUGUUAUUUGUUCUGGGAGAACUCUACAGCAUAUGUGCUGUGUUACAGCCAUUCACUGCUAAUUCAUCUACAGUCUGUUGUCUUUGUUAGCUUAUUUGUUCUGUUCCAAUUGAUACAGAGCAAUAAAUAUAUAGUUUUUGUGAGAAAUAACUAUAGCUCUGUGUCAUCAACAGACACAACUUUUAAUCAAGCUUCUUUCAGUGAACUUCAUGUGCUAAAGAAAUACAAUUAAACAUGGUGCAUAUAAA